GGCCUCCGUGGCCUCCGUGGCCUCCGUGGCCUCCGUGGCCUCCGUGGCCUCCGUGGCCUCCGUGGCCUCCGUGGACUCUGCUUCUUCCGAGAAAUAAACUCCAAGGAAGACUGAGCAGUUGUUGAGUUUCUAAACCAUGGCCCGUGUGUCAGUGGUGUUCAGUGAUGUGUCCAUAGCCUUCUCGCAGGAGGAGUGGGAGUCCCUGGACUUAGAACAGAGGAAUUUGUACAAGGAUGUGAUGAUGGAGAACUACCACAAUGUGGCCUCACUAGCAGGAUGCUUCAUUGCUAAGCCAGAUGUGAUUUCCUUACUGGAGCAAGGGAAAGAGCCCUGGAAGGUUGUGAGGCAAAGAAAACCAUGUCCAGAUUCAGAAACUAAGGAUGAGACCAACCAGGUGUUCUCAGAAAAUGGUAUUUAUGAAAUGAAUUUAUCCCAGUGGAAGAUAAUGGAAAGAAUUGGGAACAGUGGCCUAAAGAGCCUCCUUUUAAAAAAUGGAUGGGAGUCGAGAAGAAAACAGGAAAGACAAGAGGGCUCUCAGGAGGGAUAUCUCAGUCAAGUGAAGCGCACAGCUGAAAGAGUGUCCGCUUAUGAGAAGAGCGCAUUAACUACACGUCAGAGGAUCCAUUUUGUGGAGAAACCCUACGAGUGCAAUGAAUGUGGGAAGGCCUUUAGAGUCCGCCAGCAGCUCACUUUUCACCACAGAAUUCACACAGGCGAGAAGCCCUAUGAAUGUAAGGAGUGUGGGAUGGCCUUCAGGCAGACCGCCCACCUUACCAGGCACCAGAGACUGCAUUCUGGUGGAAAACUGUAUGAAUGCAAGGAGUGUGGGCAAGCUUUCAUAUACGGCCCAGAGCUCAGAGCACAUCAGAAGCUUCACACCGGCGAGAAGCCCUACACAUGUAGGGAAUGUGGGAAAGCCUUCAGGGUACGGGGACAACUCACUCUCCAUCAGAGGAUCCAUACUGGGGAGAAGCCCUAUGUGUGUCAAGAGUGUGGGAAGGCCUUCAGGCAGUUGGCGCACCUCACACGCCAUCAGAAGCUUAAUGUCGCCGACAGCCUGUACGAGUGUAAAGAGUGUGGAAAAGACUUUUUGUGUGGCUCUGGCCUUCGAGUACAUCACAAACUUCACACUGGUGAGAAACCCUAUGAGUGCAAGGACUGUGGGAAGGCGUUUAGAGUUCGACAGCAGCUAACGCUCCAUCAGAGGAUUCACACCGGGGAGAAGCCCUAUGAGUGCACUGAGUGUGGGAAGACCUUUAGUCGGGGCUACCAUCUUAUUCUCCAUCACAGAAUCCAUACUGGAGAAAAGCCUUACGAAUGCAAGGAGUGCUGGAAGGCGUUCAGUCGCUACUCACAGCUUAUUUCGCAUCAGAGUAUCCAUGUUGGGGUUAAACCCUAUGAGUGCAAGGACUGUGGGAAAGCCUUCAGACUCCUCUCUCAGCUCACACAGCAUCAGAGUGUCCAUGCUGGGGAGAAGCCUUACUCUUGUAAGGAAUGCGGCAAGUCUUUCAGAUUGCGUCAGAAACUUACUCUACACCACAGUAUUCAUACUGGCGAAAAGCCCUUUGAGUGCACAGAAUGUAGGAAGGCCUUUCGACUUAAUUCUUCUCUUAUCCAACAUCUGAGAAUCCAUUCUGGUGAGAAACCCUACGAGUGUAAGGACUGUCAGAAGGCCUUUAGACAACAUUCUCACCUCACCCAUCAUCUGAAGGUUCAUACUAAUGGAGAAAAGUUCUAUGAAUGUAAAGAGUGUAGGAAGACCUUUAUCCGCCGCUCAACGCUUAGUCAGCACUUGAGGAUCCACACCGGCGAGAAACCUUACAAAUGCAAGGAGUGUGGGCAACCCUUCAGACAGCGGGCGCACCUUAUCCGACAUCACAAACUUCACACUGGUGAGAAGCCCUAUGAGUGUAAGGACUGUGGGAAGGCCUUUACAGUGCUCCAGGAACUCACACAGCACCAGCGUCUUCACACUGGUGAGAAGCCGUACGAAUGCAAGGAGUGUGGAAAGGCCUUCCGGGUCCAUCAGCAGCUGGCUCGGCAUCAGAGGAUUCACACUGGGGAGAAGCCCUAUGAGUGCAAGGACUGUGGGAAGACCUUCAGACAGUGCACACACCUUACCCGACACCAGAGACUUCACACUUCUGAGAAAUUGUAUGAAUGUAAGGAGUGUGGGAAAGCCUUCGUGUGUGGCCCAGACCUUCGAGUACAUCAGAAAAUCCACUUUGGUGAGAAGCCCUAUGCAUGUAAGGACUGUGGUAAGUCCUUCAGAAUAUGCCAACAGCUGACCGUCCACCAGAGUAUUCACACUGGGGAGAAACCCUAUGAAUGUAAGGAAUGUGGGAAGACCUUCAGAUUGAGGCAGCAGCUUGUUCGCCAUCAGAGAAUCCAUACCCACGAAAGACCCUAUGAGUGUCUGGAAUGCUGGAAGACCUUCAGUAGUUACUCCCAGCUGAUUUCACAUCAGAGCAUUCAUGUUGGGGAGAGACCGUACGAGUGUGAAGAGUGUGGGAAGGCCUUCCGGCUGCUCUCGCAGCUCACUCAGCACCAGAGCAUCCAUACAGGCGAGAAGCCUUAUGAAUGCCAGGAGUGUAGAAAACCCUUCCGGCUGUUGUCACAGCUCACUCAGCACCGGAGCAUCCACACCGGCGAGAAGCCUUAUGAAUGCAAGGACUGUGGCAAGGCUUUUAGACUUUAUUCAUUUCUUUCUCAGCACCAGAGGAUCCACACUGGUGAGAAGCCUUACAAAUGUAAGGAGUGUAAGAAGGCCUUCAGACAGCACUCACACCUGACCCAGCACCAGAAGGUCCACAGUGGAACCUGACAAGCUCUAUACCAAGUAGUAACAUGUCAGGAAGUCCAUUUUUAAGAAUAAUUUAUUUUGUGCUUGUAAGUAAGCAUAAAUAAGACUGUGUUGCUUUAAAAGCUCACCAUCCCCACUUAAACAUUACAUUUCUUCAGCAAAUUCCCAUGAAAGAAUAUUUGAUGAAUGUAGGGAAAUGUUUAGCCUCAUCUGUUAUCAUCUACAUCUCACCACUCUCUUCCAGUGUGACACUGGACAGGACCCUAAGCAUUAAUGCCUUGUUUUGCUCACUGUCAAAGUGGUGGCAAUAGCACUUACACAUACUAUUUAUUGUUAUGUAACAAAUUAAAUAGAAAAACAGUAGAUUAAAUAAUACACUUGUAUUAUCUAAAUAUUUCUAUAGAUCAAGAGUCCAGGUAUGCCUUAGUUGGGUCUUUGAGGUUUCAGCUAAGGCUGGCCCUCACCCGAAAGCUUAGCUAGAGAAGGAUCCACACUGGAGGGAACAGGUUAGACACCUGAAUUCAUUUCUUUAAGAGCUGAUCCAUUGGAAUUCUCAGUUUCUGGAUGGCCAUUGGCUGGAAGAUGAGUGAAGCUCCCAGCCAUAUUGGCUGUCCAGUGUGGCUGCUGCUCUAAUGAUAUUGCACAAGCCAAGAAAGGUGGCUGCUAGCAGGAUGGAGGCCAGCUAGCCAGACUGACAUGAUAAUCUGUGCAGUCUAAUCACAGAAGGAGCAUCCAGUCAUUUUACCACAUUCUACUGGUUAAAUGUAGUUAUCAGACCAGCUUACUCCAGAAGUCUCAUGAAAUUGAAUGUCACGAGGAGGCUGGUGAGUGAGGCCAGGGUAGAGCCCACCUGCUGUACUGCACAACAGCACUGACUUGAGGAUAAAGUAGUCAACACUUGACCAACCAGCAGUCAUGGUAGCACGUAUCAUACAAUAAUGUCUGUGAUUCUUACUGCCAGUAUUGUCAAUUCAUGUGAAAGGAAGAUGAUCCCGUGGAAGCAAUAAAUGUAGAAAUGCCUCCUU